GAAUGUAAAGGAAACCUGGGUCGAAGGUCAAACAUGGCGGCCGUGAUGAAAAAAAAAAACGAUAACGAAACUGGAGAAAUAAACAAUCAAAUGCAAAUAUGGGUUAUAAACAAGGCUUCUAAUGUUGUCUUUUAAGCUGAGGAUUGUUGUCAAACGACUUUUUCAGCAAACUUCUAAACAGUUCAGGCAUGACCAUUCGACGGCGUUCCUGUUCCCUGGGCAAGGUGCCCACUUUGUCGGCAUGUGUCGGAGAUUUGCAAACGACAGAGAUAUCCAGAACUUCUUCAAGAGGGUCAACGAGCUGAUAGGGUAUGAUUUGUUGAAGAUUUGCGUGGAAGGACCGGCGGAAAGGCUUAAUCGCACCGAGAACAGCCAGCUGGCCGUACUAGUCGCCUCCCUAGCAGCAUUGAAAUGGCACGAGAAACACUCUUCGAUGUACCUGAAUGAACAAGGUGACCCUGCCCUGUUUUCUGCUGCUGGUUUCAGUGUUGGAGAGUAUAGCGCAUUGGUGUUUGCUCAGGCACUUACGCUUAGUGAUGCUUUAAAGGUUGUCAGUGUGAGAGCUAAGGCUAUGCAAAAGGCAUCCGGGAAUAAUCCAAGUGGAAUGGUAACAGUGAAAGGACUCAAUGACAUCCAGUUGGAUGAGCUCUGUGGUGCGGCAAAAGAAUGGGCAAGCUCGCAACACCCACAGCAACAAGAAACGGAAGCCGUCAUUGCCAACUACUUGUACCCAAAGUGUAGGGUCAUUGCCUGCAGUUUGAAAGCAAUGGACUACAUUAUUCAGUUUGGAAACUCAAAGCAUGGAGCAACUGAGGUGUCCAGGCUACCUGUGAAUGGUGCCUUCCACUCACCCCUAAUGGCAAUAGCACAGCCUGCAUUAGAAGAAGCCCUAGAUAAUGUAGAGAUACGGCCUCCUGCCUUUCCUGUUUACUCUAAUGUCACAGGGAGGCCAUAUGGCUCUGUGGAGGAAGUUAGGAGACUUUUAGUUCAGCAGUUGGUCCAGCCAGUAUUGUGGCACCAAUUGGUUACAUCCCUAAUAAGAGACAAGAAUCCUGUCACUGUAUACGAGGCUGGGCCAGGAAGACAGCUUAACACUAUCCUCUGCCGCAUCGACAGGAGGCUCAAGUGCAGCUGCCAUAACAUUGAGGCAUGAACUUCAAUCAAAGUAAAUGAACAAUAUUCUGCACCACAAGAUUUGUGACAUUAGUGCAUGGACAUGGAAAGAUUCAAGAACAUUGUUUUUGUUUGAAGAAAAAAAAAUCAAAUAUUAAAAAAAUAUAGUGGUCAUGUUUAAAUGUUCCAUUGCUUAGCCAGAUUAAAAAUCAUACCAUCAUUUUUACCCUUGCAACAAUUCUAAUUGUUCCGAUCAGAUGUCUUAAAAAAACAGAUUGAUCAUAACCAUAUACAUUUUAGGUGGCAGUAGUUUUUUGCCUUUAUUUUUCUUUAGGAACAUUUUUAUUUUGCUGUAAAAGCUGUGAUCCAAUUUACCCAUUGUAAUGUAUCUACCCCUGUCCACCCAAAAAGUGCAAUGGUCUAUCUGCAAGCAUCUCAAAGCAAAUAAAGGUUUGAGGAGAGCUGGGAAUAGCUAAGGAUACCUUUUGGUAGAGCCUGCAAAUACUACUUUGAUGGAAGUUUGAUCAAGCGAAAACAGAAAUGCUCGCUGGGCAGGUUAAAGAAUCGUUUAUUGUUUACUCAAUACGGGUGCUUUCAGAAGUGAGGUUUCUGAAAGAAUGCAGGGAUAGGCUUAGACCAAUAUCUUAAUGGAAACCCCAGGUUUCUCAGGGUAAGAUAGAAAAACCCCUAGGGAAAUCUGGUACCAUUUUCCCCUCAACAAAUACGCAACAGAUGAGGAUCUGAUAUUAGAAGGGAAGUAAAUGUUGACAAUACUCAAUAUCAAGAACAUCAUAUCAGAAACAUAGACUAUGUAAAAAAUAUAAAAGAAUUCUUUAAUUCAUUAACAUGAUCACGAACAAUUUGUAUAAUAUCUGCCAUAUUGUGGCAUUGAAUUAAAAAAUAUAUAUAUUAAUCAAGCCAA